CAAGGUUUCCGGUGUUAUGGCGACCACCGGCAACAUCAUCGCUUCAGUCUGGAGAAUUUCAGGGCAAGCAUUCAGACACAUCGGUGUUAAUUCACAGCUUGAAUCAACGUGAAGGGAGCCGAGGCUUUGUCAAGAAGUAACGUUAACGGGAUGUGUCAGCCGCCACUUCACACACUGGCUUCCAACGAACCGUCAGCACAUUGCGGCCCCUGACAAAGACAAAGAGGUGCUGUGAAGAGAGGCAGCUAUUUCACAUGUCUGUGUAAUUCUGACUAUGAUGCUCUUGGUAGCGCUGGGCAUCAUUUCUUCGUUUGCUGCGGUCCCGACUGAGGAGGCUGAGAUCAUCGACCACAGAGCACCGGCACCGCUGCUCAACCACAGCUGGACCUCCCUGCCGCCGGAGCACGUUCCCUACUUCCUCUACAACAACAAGAGGGUCGCCAAGCAGUGCCGCCUGGACCCGCUCUGCCCUUUUAAACAGGAUGCACUGCGGGAUCUGUCUGCCUGUUGGGGCUACGAGAAGAACUGUGAUCCGGGGAAGCGCUUUAGCUAUCCAGCCUGUACCAAAGCUGACUCUGCAUGGGCCCGUUCUCUGGAGGCAGCCCAGGAGCUUUUCUGGAAGCAAGCUGAUUUUGGCUACGUCAAGGAGCGCCGCUCUGAGCUCAAAACACUGUGCAAGGCCAGAAAGCCAGGGGACUCUUCAUUGAGAUGUAGUAGCCACACUCGCUUCUGUAAGGCAACUAACCUUUACCUGGACCUCCGAAAGCCUCGCAGAAGUCAUGAGAGAUACAGGGAGGACUUCAUUCAAAUGGGUGAGAUUGGUGGUUUUUGCAGACUGAACAAGCGAUCACUUGCUGUCGGGGGAAAGCACAAGAGCCCCUUACAAUCUUGGUAUGCUGAGCUGCAGUCAUACACAGAGCUGGACUUUCAUCCCAUACAGGAUGGACACUGUGAUGUUGUCAUUGAAAAGCCCUCUGUUUUCAUGAAACUUGAUGCUGGGGUGAACAUGUACCACCAUUUCUGUGACUUUGUCAACCUCUACAUCUCCCAGCACAUAAACAACUCCUUCAGCUCCGAUAUCAACAUCAUCAUGUGGGACACGAGUGUUUACGGUUAUGGUGAUCUGUUCAGUGAAACAUGGAGGGCCUUCUCAGACGAUGACAUCAUCCACUUGAAGACGUAUGACUUGAAAAGAGUAUGUUUUAAAGACGCCUUCUUCUCCCUCCUUCCAAGAAUGAGAUACGGCCUCUUUUACAAUACGCCUCUUGUGUCAGACUGCUACAGUGAAGGGAUGUUUAGGGCCUUCUCCCAGCACGUCCUUCAUCGACUGAACAUCCCACGAGAGGGGCCUAAGGAGGGGCGUGUUCGUGUCACCCUGCUGGCCCGCAGCACAGAAUACAGAAGGAUAUUAAACCAAGUGGAGCUGGUAAAUGCCCUCAAGACUGUUCCUUUACUGGAGGUCAACGUGGUGGACUACAAAUACAAGGACGUCCCCUUUCUGGUGCAGUUGAGGAUCACCAGUAACUCUGACAUCUUUAUUGGGAUGCACGGGGCGGGUCUCACACACCUCCUCUUCCUCCCCGACUGGGCAGUAGUCUUUGAGCUAUAUAAUUGUCAGGAUGAGAGCUGCUAUCGAGAUUUGGCUCGGCUUCGGGGCAUUCGAUACGUGACUUGGCAGAAAAUGGACAAAGUGCACCCACAGGACACGGGUCACCAUCCAACCCUCGGGGACCAUCCAAAGUUUACCAACUACUCCUUCGAUGUGGGGGAGUUCAUGCGCCUCGUGCUGGAGGCAGCGGAACACGUCACCCGUCAUCCCAAAUGGCAGCACCGUGUCCUCCACGAUGAACUCUAGAGUCCCCGCGAGUGUGGGACACAGACAUCCGCCCAGUGAAGCCCUGUGAACACGAACCUGACGUUUUUUUGGGGGGGAUCUGAAGACCUCUUACCGUUGAGUCAUUUUAAAUGAAGAGUGUCCUCUUCCGAUAGUGGUUCCGGUGGUUUGUCACCUCAUUUCUCCGCUGCUUUGGAGAGGUCUGGUUGAGUGAAAGUAUGAAUGGCGGAAGACUCAGGGUUGAAUAGCCUCCACCAGGUCUUAUUAGUGUCAAAUCAGUUAAAAGACGAGGCGUGUGCAUGCAGUCACAGCAUCUGGAGAGCGAUAAGAUGUGUCCUGUGUUUCCUCAUUACCGCCGCUGCGUCUACUUCAUUCCACGCCGACAAAGUUAGCUAAUGAACAGCUGUUACUGCGUCCCUUCACACAUCCUGUCACAUUUCAUCAGUGUCACCUUGAUGCCAGCCCCUCUGAGCUAUUGAUAAUCCCACCAAAGUUUCUGAGCAUCCAGCACUACUCCAGCCUGAUGUGACGAGCAGUGUUCACACCCUGGAUUCACGCAGUAACAGCUUUUUUGCUUUUAGUUUGACAUUUGAAUUGAAGUUUUUGAAGAAUUUCUAAUAGUGAUUGACAAGAUUCUGUCUUUCUUAAUAGUUAACAUGAUGUUCUUCUAAAAUUGUAACAUUUGUUAUUUAAACGUGUAUGUUUGUUGGUUUGAUGCAUUGUCAGUAUUGGUAAAAUGACCAGGGUGCUGCUGGUGACCUUUUACCUUUUUUUUAGGCUUGUGAAUGUUAGAUUUUAUAUUUUAGGUAAAUUUGACUGAAGUAGAAAUAAGCACAAUCGGUAUUCAGUCUGAUGCAAUGCGAAGGAGUAUUUUGAGCGUUAUGUUUUAUUUAUCAAUGAUUUCUCUUUGGUCAGGUCUUAGCUUGACUCAUAGGAGAUUUCAUAUUCAAAAGCU